AUGAGUAUAUCAUUGCCAACAACACAUACUGCCAUGGCAAGCCAUGAUCACUUUCAUUUAUCCAUUGCCGAACGACGAAUCCGAAACCGUAGCUUGUCCAGCUUACUUUGGACUCCACCACUCUAUCCGGGUUAUUCUGCAAAGCUCGACAGAUCUUUCAAAUCCAACUGUUAUCAGCAAUCAUGGAAGUCUACAGUAUCUGAAUUAGCAACAUCAUCAAAUCCCGUGUCACCUCAUUCUACAGUUACAGAUUUUUAUCCGUCUUCAACGAGAAAUGUUAUCCAAGCAACGUGUCCAUUUAAACAUGAAAAACCAGCACAAAUACAACCAUCAGAAAAUGAGGAUAUAAGUUGGAAUAGUCCAAAACAGUGCACAAAUUCGAAAGAGUCAUCUGGUUAUGGUUCUGGGACAUCCGAAUCGGAUAUGGAAAAUGAGCAACAAUCGAAAAAGAAUUUAGAAGCAAUUACCGCUUCUACAAAUGCUGUUAAUAACAAUCAUUCUUCUAUGAAAACUACAAUGAAUGAUAACUACGGUGAUAUUUUUGAACAACAAGAAGUUGAAAUAGUUGAACGAGCAACAACACGUACACAAAUAAGGCAACAACGUAAUCGGCAACAUACGGUAGAGUUAAUUAGAAUUAUCUAUUGUCACUUGCAAAGCGAUGAAAUUGUUCGCGUACUCGAAAUCAACGGUGUAUUUCAAUAUGAGACAGAUGCGGAUACCGGUAUACGACGGCCAAUAGUCCGUGAGCAAAGUAUCAAUCGACCGGAAUCGGUUAUUCAACUAGCACGAAAAUUUGCGGAAGCAAGCGCUGUACAAGAUAAACAAAUUUACAUAUCAAAUCAGAAAUUAUUAGCAAGUGGACAAAAUAUAGCAACAGUGACAAAUACGGAUUCAUCUGGUGGAUCAAAUAGUCUAAUUCGAAAAGACAUCGAUUCUCAUCAUCACAAUUGUCCUCUGUUGCUCGACACCUUCAACAAGAAACCAGGUGGAAUUGCUUGUUUAUAUAACGAUAAAAUGUCAAAGGUUAAUGUCUUCAAACAAAUGGAUCAAAUGCAUCGAUCGAGUCAAGUGCAAGCUACGCGACCAUUCAAUCCGUCAACCGUAAAAAAUGCGCUUUUGCGAUGGUGCCAAAUUAAGUUGGCAAAUUAUCCUGUUCAAAUUACAAAUUUUUCAUCAUGUUGGGCUGAUGGUAUGGCAUUUUGCGCAUUGAUACAUCGAUUUGUUCCUGAUUCAUUUGAUUUUAAUAAGCUAAAUCCAAGAAAUCGACGCGAAAAUUUAGAAUUGGCAUUUAGAGUGGCCGAACAAAAUGGUAUUGUACCAUUGCUUGAAGUGGAUGAUAUGUUGUUGAUGGGUGAUCGACCUGACUGGAAAUGUAUUUUCACCUAUGUUCAAUCAUUUUAUAAAGCAUUCAAAGAUCAGCUGUGAAAUUCGGCAGUGUUAAAUUUUAAGAAGCAAAAAUGUCACGGACAAACGUGAUCUUGGGUCAAAGCGUCUGCUUAUUGAUGAUCGAUCAAAAGUGAUCAUGUAUUGAGAAAUAUGAAAUAAUUAGUAAUAAGUUAAUUAUUGUUAGUGGCAAUUUAUA